AUGGGCGGCAGCGGUGCGCAGACGCCGCAGAACACGACGCCGCGGAACCUGACACCCAACGCCUCCAGGAGUUUGCUCCCCGUCGCCAAGGCCGACGCCAAGGCAACACCUAAGCCCAGCAGCCCCAAGGCGCCGAGCAGCCCCAAGGCGCCGGGCAGACCUCUGCUGCCGAGCCCCAAGCCGACGGCGAAGUCGCCCCCCAGCCCCAAGGCGAACCAAACGCCGCGUGCGCUGACGCCGCCCAAAGCGGCGCCCAAGGUGGCCACGCCGAAGGCGGUCACGCCCAAGGUGGCCACGCCCAAAGCUGCCUCGCCCAAGGCGGCGUUGACCCCGAAGGGCGCGCCGUUGACCCCGAAGGGCGCGCCGCCCUCGAGUCCCAGAGGCGCCUUGGCGGCGGCCAAACCGCCUGCCAGUCCCAGAAGCGCACUGGCAAAGGCAUUGGAUGCCAAGGCCAAAGGUGCGUCGCCGAGCGCCGUCCCCAAGGUGCGGCGCUGA